GCCCAGCUGGUGCUACAACUCAAUACCCUCAGAGAUAAGGUAGCUAAGAUGGGGGCUGUAGAGUGUCGGCUCUCCUCCCUCCUGCAGGAACGCAAGGCUUUGGAAAAACAAACCCAGGGAUUACGUAACCAGCUAGCCAAGUCUCAGGAGAGGAACCAGGUGUUGGAGGAAAGCCUGCAGUCUGACCUCCAAAGCGCCCGUCUCAAGUCAGACCUCCGCGUGUCACAGCAAGAGAAGGACGCCCUCAAACAGGAAGUGAUGUCACUGCACAAACAGCUGCAGAGCGGCAACGACAAGAACCAGGUUCUGGAGAUGGCCCUGCACUCCAGCGGAUACCAGAGCCAGCAUAAGAAGCUGUACCAGGAUGAGCUGGCCAGGCUGGUGGAACAGGAACAGCAGCAGCUGAGGCAGGAGAACGAGAGGCUGACCAUGGAGCUCCACCACACCAGGGAAAAGCUGGAGGCAGCCAUCUUAACCGUGAAACAGCAGAGACAGCAGGGCCAGUCCAGCGUGGGGAAGACUGUGGAACAGGAGAAGACUGCUCUGAAGAGAGAGCUGGACGUGAUGCAUCAGGAGCUACUCUCUGCUCAGAACAAGCGAGAGCUGGACAGUCUACGUCAGGAGAAUGAGGGGCUGAAGACCCAACAGGCUCCACUACAGGCCUGGCUUCAGGAG